GGACGCGUGGAGACCCGAUGAUGAUGAUGAUGAUUAUGAUGAUGAUGAUAAUAUUCGACUAGUUUCCAUCGUAAAAAAAAUUCGGCGCUCGUGCGUUGACCGCUGCCUCGUGACGACACCGACGGGCGCGCUCCCGCGAUUCCAUAGAGAGAUAGAUAGAGACGGAGCGCGCGCUCGCGCGGGGUUUAGUUGACUGUGCAAGCGUCAGGUUGUUGGUCUGAAAGUUCAGCGUUUCAACACGACGCGGAUUCUCACUCGGUUUUCAUUAUUGCUAUGUAAAUUUUAUUUUAUUUUAUUAAUGUUGAUUUUUCCUCGCAUUUUUAACCCCGUCAUCUUUUAAUAAGGACCACCGAGUUUGCUUCCUAACCUGCUUUAGCCGGUGAUCACUCUACAUAAUGACUUCAGGAGCCACAUCCGAAAAGAAAAGUGCCGAUGUGGGAGGUUCUGUUGUCGAUCACCUGACACCUCUACACACUGUCUCCUAAGGUAAAGGCAGUCAGUAUCAGUGCUGCUGUCAGUACCAGGGGUGUGAAGAGACAUCGGAGAAGGUUAACAGCCCCCACCACCACUACCACCCCUGCUGUUCAACUAACAAGAUCAGCUUCGUGGGACGUUCAUCUGUGCUCCACAAACGGACCUGCCCCCCAACCCGACACCUGUGAUUGGUCAAUCCAUUUUGUUCCAUGUAUCACCAGAUAAGCUCUUUCUCAGGUGUCCGAUUGAAAUCAUGAAGAAAAAUGCAGAGCAAAGAGAAAGCAGACACACAGACAGAGCUGUGAGAGGAGGAAGGCGAGGUGUCGCGAUGCGGCACGCUGUAGGCGGGAGAAGGAGACGGAGGUGUUUAAUCAGCUGGCCAAUCAGCUUCCUCUCCAUCACAGCAUCACAGAGAGCCUGGAUAAAGCCUCGGUCAUCCGCCUGACACUGAGUUACCUGCAUCUGCGCUCGGCUCUCAACACAGUGAUGAUGGGCGAGCUGUCCGAUUUGGACAGUCAGUGGACCGCUUUUUGUCUAAAGGCCCUUGAUGGUUUUCUCAUGAUCCUCUCUCAGGACGGAGAUGUCGUUUACACAUCAGAAACCGUCAGCAAGUGUCUGGGGAUUUCUCAGAUCGAUCUGUCAGGACAGAGUGUGUAUGAUUUCACACACCCAUGUGACCAUGAAGAGAUCAGAGAAAUGCUGCUUAACAAAACAGGCUCCUGUAAGAAAACAAAAGAUGAGCAGAGUUUUCUAUUGCGGAUGAAGUGCACUCUGACCAGUAGGGGGCGCACUGUCAACCUCAGAUCUGCUACAUGGAAGGUUCUCCACUGUUCUGGUCACGUUCGUGUUGAGUGCACACGGAACAGUGAGUGUGAAGAGAGCAAUGUGCCCGUCUCAUACCUGGUGCUGAUCUGUGAGCCGAUUCCACAUCCGGCCAACAUUGAGGUUCUUCUAGACUCCAGAACGUUCCUGAGCAAGCACACGCUUGACAUGCGCUUCUCCUACUGUGACGAGCGGAUAACAGAGUUGUUGGGUUAUGACCCUGAGGAUCUCCUUCAACGUUCUGUGUAUGAAUUCUAUCACGCUCUGGAUUCAGACAGUCUCACCAAAACACACCACAACUUGUUUGUAAAAGGUCAGGCGUGUACAGGUCAGUACCGUAUGCUGGUGAAGGGUGGAGGCUUUGUGUGGGUGGAGACUCAGGCCACCAUCAUUUACAACAGUAAAAACUCCCAACCACAGUGUGUGAUCUGCCUCAACUAUGUCCUCAGUGGCGUUGAAGAACCCGAGCUCAUUCUUUCCCUCCAUCAGUCAGCAAUGAAGCAGGAAAAGGAAGACGGGGGCGGGACAAAUCGAGAGCCAGGGAGCCAGGAAGCAGUGACUGAGAUAAAGGAGAAGACAGAGGAGAAGGAAGAGGGAGAAACAGAUCUACAGGCUGUCAGUGACAUCACACUGGACUUCAAUAACACUGGAACAUCAGCACUCGAAGAUGCUCCUCUCUACAACGACGUCAUGCUGCCGUCCACCAGCGUCCUGUCACCUCUGUCAUCACCUACCGAUCCACCCCGUGCCGCUCUGCCUCGGCUGGAUGACUUCCCCUUCCCAUCAUCCGCCCACGGUUCCACACAGACGGUGGAGGAUCUGGAGUUGGAGAUGUUGGCGCCGUACAUCUCCAUGGAUAACGAUUAUCAGCUCCACAUGCACACACAGGCAGACAGUCUAGACAAUCUUUAUUCUGACCAGAAAAAACCCACAACACAUAUUUGUGAUGCACAACACAGAAAACAGAUGGAUGGGCAUUUGUCUUUAAGUCAGCCAAACCAGAAACGAAAAUUAGAAACUACUUCUCUACCUCAUUCCACAGGGCCGGGUUCGAUAUUUCAGGUGGUAACACACACACCUCAGGUCAAGAGGUCAAAGGUAACCGUUUUGGAGACUCGUCCACCGGCCACCAUGCCAGAGACUCUGACUAUACUGCUACUGCCCUCAGACGUGUUAAACCAGUUAAUGGCAGGAGGAGCCAUCAUUAAGCCCCUCCCACACAUCGCUCGCUAAGAUGUGACGUUAACGCACCUACAACUGUAAGGAAAAUCCUGCUGUGUGUGUACGGGGGGCUGAACCUUUUAAUAUUUAACAUCUUUCAUCAUUCUAGAUACUUUGUCUAAUUUUAUUUGGAUAUUUAAAUUUAGUAUAUUUGAAUUAUUUUACAUUUAUGGCAUUUGGUGUAAACCCUCAUUUGGAGCGACUUAGUUAUCUCAUUUAUACACAUGAGCUGUUAGGGGCCUUGCUCAAGGGCCCAGCAGUGACAGCUUGGUGGUGCUGGGAAUUUAAAUCAUGGCCUUCUAAUCAGAAGUCUAACUAACCACUGAGCUACCACUUCCCUACUAUACUAUUUAUUUAAAUAUUUAUAUUUUAUUGACUUCUUUUUUAACUAUUUCAACAUCCAGUCACAUACAUGGACACAAUCACGGUUCAUUUUCUGAUAGAUACAGUUAUUUUCAAGUAUUAAAAUUUUUAGAAAAUCCCAAAAAUUUGCAAGCGAACAAAUCAGAUGUGGUAUGAUUUUUAUGUCUGUUUCACACCAACAUUAAAUCUGCCUCUAACGCCGCCUCUAAACCUACCUCAGUCUUUAACUCCGCCUCUAACCAUGACCUCUAACUAGGUCUGAGAUGUUACACUGGAGCCACGACAUGAGACGUAUCCGCCACAGGCUUCAUGAGACGCCACUAACACUGAUAAAGUCCAAUAUUUAUUUUUUUAACAACAAAUCUUAUUGGUGCAAUAUAAACACAAUGAAUUGUAAAAAAAAAAAAGCAGUAGAUCAUCAUUUGUCAUCUAUAGUGUCAUUUUUCCCCAUUAUUAACUUUAUUCCAUUGCAAUGUUUGCUAAUAUAAUAAGACUGUGUGGUAGUUUGUGCCUUAAAUGAUUAAACAUCAAAUGAGUCAUCA